GGCCGAGUCUCGUUGCUGUUCGGUUCCACCCAUGGUUGAACGCUUCUCGAUCCCGCGAACAAGUUAUUAUUUAACUCGGACCAUCACUUUUCUUCAAACCAAAUCCCCCCACAAGAGCAAAUAUAUAUAUAUACGCACACACAGAGACCCUUCGCUAAAAAGACAUACCUCAAAAGUCUCCAAAUAAUACAGGAGCUUCAUCAUCAGAACCCGAUAGUUAUGGCUGGAGGAGAAGGAGGAGGAGCAGCAGCAGCAGCAGCCACUCGCUCUCUGCAAGAGACGCCCACAUGGGCUUUGGCCGCUGUCUGCUUCCUCUUCAUUUCUUUCUCCAUUUUCAUCGAGCACUUGAUCCACCUUCUCUGCCAUUGGCUCAAACGGCACCGGAAGACUGCGCUGUUCGAGGCCGUCGAAAAGCUCAAAUCAGUGCUCAUGCUUCUGGGUUUCAUGUCUCUGAUACUGGCCGUGACCCAAAGAUCCAUCUCGAAGAUCUGCGUACCAACAAGAGUCGCCAACAAGAUGCUUCCAUGCCGCAAAAGCAUGCCCACCAAAACCACCAAAAAGCUCGGGUUCGGCCGGACUCUGUCUGCCGAUUCGUCCCUAGAUUGGAUAGCCGAAGGUGUCCUGAACGAUGUUCCGUGGCAAAUGGAGCGGAGAUUGGCCGAGGGCGGUGAGGACUCCGAUUAUUGUGAUUCUCAGGGAAUGACCUCGCUUAUAUCACAACAAGGCCUCAACCAGCUCAGCAUCUUCAUCUUCGUCUUAGCAGUUAUGCAGAUUGUCUACAGUGUUCUCACCAUGGCUUUGGGAAGAGCUAAGAUGAGGCGAUGGAAAGGUUGGGAGAAAGAAACUCAAACGGUGGAGUAUCAAGCAGCUAAUGAUCCAAAUCGGUUCAGAUUUACGCGACAGACCACGUUUGGGCGUAGGCACAUGGGAGCUUUCACAGAUACAUCCCUGCACUUGUGGACGAAAUGCUUCUUACGGCAGUUCUUCCACUCCGUCGCCAAGGUCGAUUAUCUCACCUUGCGCCACGGUUUCAUUUCGGCCCAUUUGUCGACAAAUAAAUCGUUCGAUUUCCAAAAGUAUAUACAGCGAUCCCUGGAGGAUGACUUCAAAGUAGUCGUCGGCAUCAGCCCUUUCAUGUGGUUCAUUGUGGUCAUCUUUAUGCUCGUCGACGUGCACGGGUGGUACGUGUACCUUUGGGUGUCAUUUAUUCCUCUAACGAUAGUUCUGGUACUUGGGACCAAACUGGAGGUGAUAGUAGCGAGGAUGGCGCUUCAGCUCCAGGACCAGAACACUGUGAUCAAAGGAACACCGCUGGUGCAACCCAAUGACAAGCUCUUCUGGUUCAGCCAUCCAAAAUACGUCUUGACACUCUUGCACUACACGUUGUUCAUGAAUGCAUUUGAGCUUGCUUUCUUCAUUUGGAUCACGCUGCAAUUCGGGAUAAAAUCUUGCUACCACGAACAUUUGGAGAUAAUCAUUGUUAGGGCGGUGUUAGCGGUUACUGUCCAAGUCCUUUGCAGUUACAUCACUCUCCCCCUCUAUGCUCUCGUAACCCAGAUGGGAUCGCAAUUCAAAAGUGCAGUUCUGGAGGAGCAAACAGCGAACGUGAUAAAGCAAUGGCACGCGGGAGUGAGAGAGAAGAGAAAGAAACAAAAGGGAGAUGCAAGUAAUCACGGUCAAGAGGACUCUUCAUCGACAAAGUAUAGCAAGAGGACGAACUCGGACACGUCUUCUUCCCACCAUCGAACGCCCACGUUUGCCGAGAUUUCCGUCGCAGCCGAAAUCACCGAAGAAUCUCAAGAAAGCUGCUCCAAUCGCGAACUUGGCCGAAACGUCGAGGGUCCAUCUGAUUUCGUGCGGAUAGAAUUGUCGCAACAAGUGACCAAGGACCAUGCACAGCUAUAGCCUAUAGAGCAGACAAUUGAGUAUACAUUGGCCAAUUUUGAUGAAGCAUAAUCAAGAGUUGUUUGCGAAUUCUUGAAAGAAAUAGGACGGUUUGACUUCCAUGAUUUGUAAAUCUGUACAUCACAAUGGGAAUAGAUCUUCCAUUUUUCAUCUA